CUUCGUAAGAUCAUCAUCACGAUGUCUGUGAAAAUAUUUAGCACUGUGCUUUUGAUUCUGCUUCUAAAUCGGGCAAUUUCGGCAGCCACAUCUGGUCUCCAUGUGCCCAACAUUAAUGAUAAUGGUGUUAUCUUAGUGCCUUCCGAUAAUCAAUAUUACCUCAGGAUCGAUGUAGAUGGAACGGGACGUGAGGAGACCGUUGAAGAGAUUGCUCCUGGCCAGCUUCUGGUCAGAGGUAGCUUCGGACAACCCUUUCCGGGCUCCAAAUACCUGCUGGUCACCUAUGAAGCCGGACCCAAUGGCUAUGUGGCCAAGUAUAGCUACUCCGAACAAUUUAAUCAGGUUCUAGGUCUACCACCGGCCGUGUUGAAAACUAUAGCUGGUUAAAAACUAAAAAUAAUCAGAAAAUAUUUCUAAUUACGAGAAAAACGUGCUUUAUUUUCAACUCAAUUGUAUGCAAUGUUAAAAGUUUUCAAUAUCAUUUCAGAACAUAGUACUUCUU